CCUAUGUUUUGGCGAAAGAAGGUGUGGAUGUGGUGCUGUAUGAGAAGGAGAAUAGCCUAGGCGGUCAAGCCAAGACUGCUAUUGUUCAUCACACUCCUCUCGAUUUACGUUUCAUCAUUUUUACUCAGGCUAUGUAUCCGGAAGUGAUGGAACUAUUUGAGAGUGUUGGAGUUGAAACUGACGUCUCUGACAUUUCAUACUCUGUGAGCUUGGAUCAAGGCCAUGGUUAUGAAUGGGGCACUCGAAAUGGACUCUCCAGUUUGUUUGCACAAAAAAGAAUGCCCUGAAUCCAUGGUUUUGGAAAAUGAUUAGGGAAAUCACUAAGUUCAGAGACGACGCCUCUCUUUAUGUUGAAGAGCUCGAUAACAAUCCGGAUAUUGACCGGAAUGAAACGCUGGGGACCUUCGUCCAAUCCCGUGGUUACUCUGAGUUAUUUCAGAAAGCUUUUCUUAUUCCAAUUUGUGCUUCUAUUUGGUCAUGCUCUUCAGCAGUGAUGACCUUCUCUGCCUAUUUAACACUUUCGAUCUUGCGUAAUCACGACAUUCUGGAGCUUCUUGGUCUCACCAAGCUUACACCGAAGUGGCUUUCACGAAGUUAUGUGGAUGGGAUUAAAAAAGAGCUGGAAAGCAGAGGCUGUCAAGUGAAAACUAAUUCUGAAAUAUAUUCAGUUUUUACCAAUGACAAGGGUUGUGUUAUUACAUGUAAAGAUGGGUUGGAAGAAGCAUAUGACGGGUGCAUAGUUGCUGCACAUGCUCCUGAUACUCUCAAGAUCUUAGGAAAGCAUGCGACAUAUGAUGAACUAAGAAUACUCGGUGCUUUUCAAUAUGCCUGCAGUGAUAUUUUCCUUCAUCACGACGAAUAUUUCAUGCCCAAAAUCCGAGCAGCAUGGGGCUCAAGGAAUUUUCUUGAAAUUAUAACGUAUUGGAUAAACAAUGUCCAGAAUAUUUGUGAACCAGGGGUUCCAUUUUUCUUGACUCUAAAUCCACCUCAUACACCUAUAAAGACAUUGUGUAAGUGGUCAACUAGCCACCCAAUACCUUCAGUUGCUGCAUCCAGAGCUUCGUCUGAGCUCAGUCUUAUCCAAGGAAAGAGGGGACUCUGGUUCUGCGGAGCAUAUCAAGGUUAUGGCUUCCCUGAAGAUGGAGUAAAGGCAGGCAUACUUGCUGCAAAUAGCUUGCUUCGGAAACAUUAUACUUCUCCACACAAUCCCACACGCAUGGUUCCAUCCUUGCUUGAAAAUGGGGCUCGUGUUCUUGUUACUAGGUUUCUUCAGCGCUUUAUUGCUACUGGAUGUCUAAUUUUAAUGGAAGAAGGAGGUCAAAUACUCACCUUUGAAGGUACAAGAAAAAAGAGCCCUUUAAAAGUCAGUUUGAUAGUUUGCAAACCGCAGUUCUAUUGGAAGGUUGUUACAGGGUCUGAUUUAGGUUUUGCUGAUGCCUACAUUGAUGGUGACAUUUACUUUGCUGAUGCAAAUGAAGGCCUUCUUAACUUUCUUCUGCUGAUUAUAGCAAACACAGAAUUGGAUUAUUAUACCUCAAACUUGAACAAGGGAAGGGGAUGGUGGACAAAUUUCUCUCACACUUCUGUAGUUGCUUCUGCAAAAAAAUUCAUCAAGCGUGUUUCCAGGAAGAACACGCUAUCUCAGGCCCCGCGUAACAUCUCGCAGCAUUAUGACCUAAGUAAUGAGCUAUUUUCUCUAUUUAUGGAUGAAACAAUGAUGUACUCUAGCGCAAUAUUUCAGAAUCAAGGUGAGGACUUGAAGAAUGCACAGCUCAGGAAAAUUCAUACCUUGAUUGAAAAGGCAAGAAUUAAUAAAGAUCAUCACAUUCUAGAGAUUGGAUGUGGUUGGGGAAGUUUCGCAUUUGAAGUAGUAAAAAAAACAGGAUGCAAAUAUACUGGCAUUACAUUGUCAGAAAAGCAGCUGCAAUAUUUGGAACCAAAAGUAAAGGAAUCAGGUCUUCAGGACCAAAUUGAAUUUCUUCUGUGUGACUACCGCCAACUGCCUAACAACUCCAAAUAUGAUAGGAUAAUAGGAUGUGAGAUGAUAGAACACGUUGGGCAUGAAUUCUUGGAAGAGUUUUUUAAAUGCUGUGAAUCUUCAUUGGCUGACAAUGGCAUUCUCGUUCUUCAGUUCAUAGCAGUAGCUGAUGAGAAAUAUGAUGAGUGGAGGAGCAGCGAUGGAUUCGCCACGGAAUACAUAUUCCACGGUGGUUGUCUGCCUUCACUUAACAGAGUAAUAUCUGCAAUGGCUGCCUCAUCCAGACUUAGCGUGGUGCACCUAGAAGAAAUAGGAUGUCAUUAUUUCCCCACCCUCAAAUGUUGGCGACACAACUUUCUCCAAAACAAAAGUAAAAUUCUUGAUCUUGGAUUUGAUGAGAAGUUCAUACGGACGUGGGAAUACUAUUUUGACUAUUGUGCUGCUGGAUUCAAAUAUUGUGUUAUUGGAGAUUAUCAGAUUGUAUUCAAUAGACCUGGUGAUGUUGCUGCAUUGGGGAGUGCUCCAUACAACCCUCUGCCUUCUACCAGCUGAUUUCUCAGGAUGGUCUGCUGUCAGUUAGUUGAAAUAAAGGCUUGAUGUUUUAGUCUUUAAGUACUAUUAAUAAAUUAUGAGUAAAAUUAGGGUUAAAUAUAUGUAAUAUUACAAACUUUAGCCGAAAUACAUUUUGUCUACAAAUUUUAAAAAUUUUAUGUUUUUAUCACAAACUUUCACAUUUGUUCAA